AGCUAAUCACGCUCUUUUGGGUCGCGCCAAAAAGCGCGUGGCGCUACUCAAUAGACGUUCUCGUGGUAGCCCUGCAUCGCUUCCAAGGUACUGCGCUGCCGCCCUGCACGAGAGUCCGCGGGAACGCACGUACACGAACCCAGCUCUGAGAGCCACCCUUGGCUUCGGGUCGCCUGCGCCAACGACGCGCCAUUCGGGUCCACUACGCCAUCGACGCGGCAUUCGAGGUCGUCUACGCGACGCGACACCAUGUCCAGCGAAUCCACCAGCAAGCCGCCGACGCCGCCUGCGGCAUUCCGCAGCGCGCUCCUCUUCCCGGAAGAUGCAAAUUUGAAGGCGUACGCGACGCCCGACAGCCCAAGUGAGAACCCACUCAAUCAAACGCCGCCGUCGCCGCCGGUCGACGACGCCACCGCCGAGCCGGAGGUGCCGCCCGACGAGAAGGCCUACACGGCCGGCUACAAGGCUGGCUAUGCCGAGGGCUUCGCCGCCGGCCACGCCGCGGGCCUCCGGGCGGCCGCGGCGUCAAACACGGCAUCGAACUCCGGCUGGCGGGUCUUGACGCAGCCCGGGAACAGUGACGGAGGCGCGCCGCCGCCGCCGCCGGGCGCCUACGUCUUCCACUGCAGCUCCGAGACCGAGGCCGAGUGUUUGGAUAGGCGCCUGCUGGGCUGCAGCUACGCCAUGAAAGGCAAGGUCGAUGGCAUCGUCAAGGGGACUCCUUUAGUUCUGUACAACAUCAAGUCGCGGCGCGCCGUCGGGCCCUUUACCGCCACCGGACCGCCGCAGCGCAACAUCGCGAGGGGGGCGUUUGGCGGGCGCUUCGAUUUGCACGUGGCCUUCUUCGACGGGCCCUACGAGGUGUUGUUUGACGCAAACGUCGACUCGAAGAGCGGCAAGGGCCCGGACAUCGGGCGCUGGACGACGUGGGAGUCGGCCGUCGCGCAGAAGCGGCGGCGGUCGGCGCCGCGGAAGGCGUCGCCCUCGUAAGUAUGUGGUAAUUGA